AUGAACAGAAUCACAGGCCGUGUUAAGGAAGAUCUCAGGACCGAUUACAACUGGAAUCGAGCAGCGAGGCUAUCAGUGAAGGGCGCUCGUGCUUUGCCGUCCGCUAGCCUUCAAUAUGUCACUGAGAAGUUCCCAAUCAUAGGAUGGCUUCCGCGUUACAACUGGCGAUGGCUGAUCAACGAUCUGAUUGCUGGUCUGACAGUCGGGUUGAUGCUCAUCCCACAAAGUCUUUCCUACGCAAAGAUCGCCACCAUCCCAGUAGAAGCAGGUCUAGCAUCGUCCUGGCUACCAGCGACAUUAUAUACCUUGCUCGGAACAACAAAAGAUCUAUCGACAGGGCCAACGAGUCUUAUCGGACUUCUCACGCACGAGCAAGUUGAGCAUUUCGCGCCUGAGGAUGGCAGCGGUGCGUACACUCCAACGCAGGUUGCAUCUGCUCUGGCGAUGUGGAUGGGCAUCUUCGGCCUGAUACUCGGCAUGCUCAACCUUGGUUUCCUUCUUGAUUUCAUCUCCUUGCCUAUCCUAUCCGGCUUCAUCUCUGCUGUGGCCAUCACCAUCAUUCUUGGACAGAUCCCAUCUCUGCUUGGUGAAGACUCUGGCGGAAGCAACACAGCCGAGAAAAUACACGACGUAUUCGCCAACCUUCCCUCUGCAAACGGCUACGCCUGUGCCAUCGGCUUCACUGGUCUAUUCUUCUUAACCGUCCUUGAUAAGGUGGGCAAGAGAUACAGUGAAAAGAGCAGAGUGAUCUGGUUCCUAAUGAUCACGCGUGCCUUCCUCGCACUCGUGCUUUUCACUGGCAUCAGCUACGCCGUCAACAAGAAAUAUGGACACGACGAUGAUAGCUACCUCUGGGGCGUUGCUAAGGUCGAGGCAUCAGGAAUUGCGAAGCCAGCAAUGCCGCCGGCCGACUUGAUCAGUAAGAUGGCACCUCGAAGCAUCGCCAUAUUCAUAGGCUCGGCAAUAGAGCAUGUUGCCAUUGCUCGUGCUUUUGGAGUAAAGAACAAUUACAUUACAGAUCAGACCCAGGAGCUAGCAUACUACGGCAUCACAAACUUCUUCAACUCCUUCUUCCACACAAUGGGCGUUGGUGGCGCCAUGUCUCGAACAGCCGUCAACUCCGCUUGCAAGGUCAAGUCUCCUCUAUCUGGCAUCUUCACAACAGCCGUAGUCCUGGUCUGCAUUUUCAAGCUCAGUAGCGCUCUAUACUGGAUUCCGAAGGCAACACUGGCAGCUAUCAUCAUCUCUGCAGUUUGGCCCUUGAUCAGCGCGCCAAAAGUGUUCUACAUCUACUGGAAGACGAGCCUGGCGGACUUCAUCUCCUCAAUGAUCGCCCUCUGGGUAUGUCUUUUCAAGAGCACCGAAAUUGGCAUUGCCUGCGCUGUGGGCUUCAACAUCGCAUACAUUCUCCUUCGUCAAGUGUUCACCAGAGUGUCUCACGCUGGAACCGACACCGCAGUCGAUACGCAGAGCCAGCUUCUCGCAAACAGCGGCUCAACAGUGACCACAAUCCCAGACGGCUUCCGCAUCUUCCGCUUGAACGAAUCCUUCUUCUUCAGCAACGCCUAUCGUAUCGCAACAAGCAUGACAGAUGCGAUCCAAACCCACCAUGCACCAAACUACAGCCUCGCGAAUGGAAGUGAGAAAGAACGAAACUGGAGCGUUGCGGGAGAACGUCGCAUCGCGAGACUGCGUGCACGAGCUCAUAUUACAGAUCCAUCUACUUUACCAGCAAUCCGAGUCGUCGUGCUCGAUUUCAGCAAAUGCAACCACAUCGACGCGACCGCUGUCACCCAACUUCGCAACUUUCUGGCCGAGCUGAAAAAAUACGGCGGAGCUAAUGUCCAAGCAAGAUUCUGCGGAAUGAGCAGCUAUAUCAAGGAGCGCUUUCAACGCGCUGGUUUCCUUUUGGUCAUGGAUGAGGAGGGUGGCUUUAAUCCUACCAACGCCCAAAAUGGUGCUGUUGCUGUUAGAGUUUAUGAUACUGUGGGUCAAGCGGUCAUGGCGAGAGUUGUGGACAGUGAUGGCAUUGAGACUUGGGAUGAGAAGGAAAAGGUCGUUGAGGAUGCGACGGAAGUUGAGGAGAAGAAGAUGUGA